AUGUAUCGACGCGCACUCCUUCUUUCUGCCCUUGUGGCAGUCGCUCGUGCCCAGCAGGCUGGCACACAAAAGGAAGAAACCAAGCCCUCCUUGACGUGGCAAAAGUGCACUGCCAGUGGCUGCACAAAGCAAUCUGGCUCUGUCGGCAUUGAUGCAAACUGGCGCUGGGUCCACUCGACCGAGGACUCGACUAAUUGCUAUACCGGAAAUGAGUGGGACGCAACUCUUUGCCCUGACGACAAGACCUGUGCCACAAAUUGUGCCCUGGAUGGUGCAGACUACUCGGGCACGUAUGGUGUGGAGGCUGACGGGGACUCUUUGUCGCUGAGCUUCGUCACCGGUUCCAACGUCGGCUCCCGUCUAUUCCUGAUGGAGAACGACAGCACCUACCAGAUGUUCAAGCUGCUGAACCAGGAAUUCACCUUCGACGUGGACGUGUCCGCGCUCCCGUGCGGCCUUAACGGUGCUUUGUACUUUGUUUCCAUGGACGCCGACGGUGGUCUGUCCAAGUACGAGAACAACAAAGCCGGUGCAAAGUAUGGAACUGGCUACUGUGAUUCGCAGUGCCCCCGUGAUCUCAAGUUCAUCAACGGCCAGGGCAAUGUUGACGGCUGGACGCCUUCAGAGAAUGAUAAGAACGCUGGUGUUGGAAACCACGGCUCGUGCUGUGCCGAGAUGGACAUCUGGGAGGCCAACAGCAUCUCGACUGCCCUGACUCCCCACCCCUGUGACUCGGCGAGCCAAACGAUGUGCGAGGGCGACAAGUGCGGUGGCACCUACUCGGACAGCCGCUACGCCGGCACUUGUGAUCCCGAUGGAUGUGACUUUAACCCUUACCGUAUGGGCAACGAGAGCUUCUUCGGUCCCGAGAAGAUCGUCGACACCAACUCCAAGAUGACCGUCGUCACCCAGUUCAUCACCAGCGACAACACCGAUUCCGGCACUCUCAAAGAGAUCAAGCGUAUCUAUGUGCAGAACGGCAAGGUCAUUGCCAACUCGGUCUCGGACGUCAGCGGCGUCUCUGGCAACUCGAUCACUUCGGACUUCUGCACUGCUCAGAAGAAGGCCUUCGGCGACGACGAUAUCUUUGCCCAGCACGGUGGUAUGUCUGGCAUGAGCGAGGGCCUGGCCCAGGGCAUGGUUCUCGUCAUGAGUCUGUGGGAUGACCACUACGCCAAUAUGCUCUGGCUCGACAGCAACUACCCGACCGACGCCGCUGCUUCCGACCCCGGUGUUGCUCGCGGCACCUGCGGCGCUGACUCCGGCAAGCCUGCAACCGUCGAGUCCGACUCGGCUGAUGCGAAGGUUGUCUUUUCCAACAUCAAGGUCGGAGCUAUUGGGUCGACCUAUUCCUCUUAA